UUAAACUAAAGAACAUUUUCUACACUUCGCUUGGAAAAAUAUAUAAAAUGACCGUCUCUUACUCAGCUGAAGUGGCAUCCUGCAGCGGAUUUGGUUGCUUUCUCAAGCUGCUAAGAAGAUGGCGUGGCAGCAUUUACAAGCUCAUUUGGCGUGAUUUACUCGCUUUUUUGACGAUCUACUAUACGCUUAGCUUAAUCUAUCUAUUUCUACUAAACGAUACCGGACAAAAAACCUUUGAGAAUCUCGUACACUACUGCAACAGUUAUGGUUCACUCAUACCGCUCUCCUUUGUUCUGGGCUUCUACGUGACCGUAGUGAUGCAGCGUUGGUGGGAUCAAUACAUGACCAUCCCAUGGCCCGAUCCGAUUGCUGUCUUUGUAAGCGCCAAUGUGCAUGGACAAGAUGAGCGUGCGCGUGUUAUGCGUCGCACUGUUAUGCGCUAUGUCUGUCUAUGUCUCACCAUAGUUUUUACGCAAAUCGCACCACGCGUCAAGAAACGUUUUCCCACACUCGAUCAUCUGGUUGAAGCGGGUUUGUUGCUGGAGAAUGAAAAGUUGGUUAUUGAGGACUUGGAUGCUUCUUUCCCAAAAUACCCCAAAUAUUGGUUGCCCAUUGUGUGGGCAGCUAGCAUUAUAACACGCGCACGCAAAGAGGGACGCAUACGUGAUGAUUUCUCAGUGAAAACCAUCAUUGAUGCGCUGAAUACAUUUCGUGGUAAUUGCGGUGUUUUGCUAUUCUACGAUACCAUCUCGGUGCCGCUCGUGUAUACGCAAGUAGUCACUUUGGCUGUGUAUACCUACUUUAUAUGCCAAGUGAUUGGGCAUCAGUGGACCAAACAUGAUAGUCAAAACUAUGUAGAUUUAUAUUUUCCGCUAUUCACAACUUUGCAAUUCUUCUUCUACAUGGGUUGGCUGAAAGUGGCCGAGACGUUGAUAAAUCCAUUUGGUGAAGAUGAUGAUGACUUUGAGGUUAAUUGGAUGAUUGAUCGAAACUUGCAAGUCUCCUAUCUCAUUGUCGAUGAAAUGCAUCACGAGCAUCCCGAAUUAGUGAAGGAUCAAUACUGGGAUGAAAUUUUCCCUAACGAAUUACCUUAUCAAGCGGAUGGCAAACGCGAGGAGCCACCAGAACAAUCCACUGCAAGACUGGGUUUAAAUACCAACCAAACUGCGCUUUCGCGAUCUGAGUCCAAAUAUGAUGGCAUGACGACCAGCACACGCCUUGGCGACCGUCUAACUGCAUCGUCCUCGAUUAGUCGAAUGACCGACACCAGUAUUCGCUUUCGUGCCGCUUUACAAAGAUUUAUGUCCAAUGAAAAAGAUAGCAACAUAUCGCAAGAAGAUGCCGAGAAGCAAACAACACCACAAGCCAACGGCUCAGUACAUUCUUUAGCCAAAUCGCCAUUGAAAAUUCGAACUACGGAGACUUUGCAUAUUAUCGAUGAAAGAGCGGAUGAUUUGGAUUUAGAUAGAACUUUAACUGAGGAGUCUGAAUUUCCCUCGACAAAAGAUGUGCGUGAAAUUUUUCAUGGCGACGAUGGUGGCACCAUGCCACCCAGUAGCGUAGAAAGUGUGCAGCAUGAAAGUGGCACUUCCGCACAAGUUACAUUUGAAGACAUCGAUGAGGAUGAUGAGGUUGAGGAAGUACAGGAGGAGGAGGAAGACGAAUUCGAGCGUUUGCGUGAAGAACGUGAACGUGAACGCUUUGAGAGGCAGAAAAUGAAGUAUGCACGCGGCAUAUCAGCAGCGACCAAUCUGAACUUGGAUGCCGACAUGGCUGGCGUUUCAGCAGUGCAAUCGCCUCUGGCGCGUGGUAUGCAAGCCAACGAAGAGACCUUCAGUGUACACUCGUUGACCAGGCAAGUGACUUCGCCCAUAGCAAUUGGAGCGGCACAACAACAACAAAAAGAGCAGCAGCAACAACAAGAGCAAGCAAAGGAAGAGUCUAAGCGAAAGCCAAAGAGUGCGCAGCUAGAUGAAGGUGAUGAGGAGGAGCUCGCAGAAGAAGAAGAAGAAGAGAAAUAGGAAGUAGCUCGAUGCAACUCCUUUACUGCAUACUCAGAUGCAAUUUUAUAGGCAUUUUUAUUGCCUUACCCAUACAGAUAUACGAGUUAUUUAUUUUAUUUAUUUUAUUUAUUCUUUAUUGACGCCAUUUCUAACAAUUUCGCCACA